AUGCGUGCUCCGAUGAAGCUGGCGCUGGUCGUGGCCGUGGCCUCGGCUACUAUUUCGGCCUCGGCCGCCUUCACGUUUGAGGACAAGGUAGCUGGCGAAAGCGACUCCGUCGGAGUUGUUAAGCCUGCCGACGUUUCGCUGGAGAACACCGCAAUGACCAAGAAGAAGAAGGGACUUGAAACAGAUGCAGACACCCCUGCGCCGACAUUCGCUGAAGACGCCACCCAAACAGUACAGCAGACAGAAUCGACGGACCAAACCGAGCAAACAGCUACCAAGGCCGACACGUUGUUGGUGAACACCGCGGUGACUGCCAAGAAGAAAGGUAUCGAAACCGAGGCGACCCCAGCGCCGACAUUUUCGGACGACACCUCCACCGAGACGGUGCAGCAAACGGAAGUUACUCCAGCUCCGACCGACGACUCGAACACGCAGGAAUCCGAACCUACACCGGCGCCAGCAAAAACUCCGUGUCCGACACUGCCGCAGGCUACACCGGCUGCUCCAACUACGCCCUCCACAGAGGACCCACCAGAACCCCCUGCAGGUAAAGUGACGCCUGCUCCGAUCGCGCCCACCGCAGAAGAACCCCCUGCAGAUGAAGUAACUCCUACUCCGAUUACGCCCACCGCAGAGGAACCACCAGCACCCCCUGCAGAUGAAGUGACGCCUGCUCCGACCGCGCCCACCGCAGAAGAACCCCCUGCAGAUGAAGUAACUCCUGCUCCGAUUACGCCCACCGCAGAGGAACCCCCAGUACCCCCUGCAGAUGAAGUGACGCCUGCUCCGACCGCGCCCACCGCAGAAGAACCCCCAGUACCCCCUGCAGAUGAAGUGACGCCUGCUCCGACCGCGCCCACCGCAGAGGAAGAGCCGCCGGCUCCACCUGCUGCCGAGGUGCCGGUGUCACCGACAACUCCGACAAGCGAGGAAACGCCAUCCACACCGACGAGCAAGGAAACGGCGACGGCCAAGACGCCGUGUCCAACUCUACCUCAAGCCACCCCAGCUGCCACAGGGUUGACUGAAGAAGGUUCACAAACGUCGUCCGACAUCUCGGAAGCCACCCCCGAGCCAACUACUCCGACAGGUGACGAUGAGACGAGCGAGACUGAAGAAUCUAGCUCUACAGAUGAAGUUACUCCUGCGCCGAGCAGCCCGUCAGAUGACGAGACUUUCAGCGGAAACGCUAAAACCCCGUGCCCGAAAUUGCCAAUUGCAGGUUCGUCGUCUUCCGCAACACCCGCGCCCACCUCAGUCGACGAUGAAGAAGGUUCCUCUUCGACGAGUACCGGAAAGACUCCGUGCCCUUCAUUGCCCCAGCCUAAAGACAAAGGCUCCAAGACUCCGUGUCCGUCAUUGCCGCAGCCUUCAGAAAAACCCAAAAAGGAAGGCACUCCCAAUCAAUCCGUCCAGCAACAACAGAGCUCCGGCAACUCUGCCAUCACUGAGAGUUCCGCUGCUGCCGACCGGAUUGGCCCCGCGUUGGCGGCUGUCGCUGUUUCAGCCGUCUACCUACUUCUUUAGAACUGAGCCGUUGCCAGACCAGCAACAUGUCGUCCAUGUCUGUGCGUUCGUCGCUCCGAGAUGUUAUUACUGCAGUCAGAAGUGCAGUAGAGCUCGUCGAUACAGGAAGAAAGAUCGCCCAGCGCCAAUUUUUAAGCUAAUCAACCAUUUUUGUUUCCCUGGCA